AUGGUGACGAAGAAUGAGAGGAGAAAGAGAGCGUUUGUGCAGGAAACUGGAAAGGCUUUUGAUCAGGAGGAGAACUACAAGGAAGGCCUACGACCAGGCCGGCUCGCCGGCUAUUUGCCUACUCGUGGACUAGCUAGCCUAUCGACGACCGGCUCGGGCUAG